GGGGCCCCGCCAGUCCGGUGAGUCGAGUGUAGAGAGCAUAGGACCUAGGCCAGAAUCGAACCGCCGUUGGGUUGGCUCCUCGGUACGGUGGUGGCUCUGUCCGACUGGUGACCGACCGUGGUCCGUCCGUCAUAUUCCCGGUUUGAAAGCAAGGUUGCGACUAGUUGUUGCGACGCAGGAAGGUGCAGUGGUCUGUGUACGGAGUUAUAAACGGGUCUGCCGGCCAUGGAGAAGCGGAUAGAGCUGGAAAAACGGGGAAGAAACCCCGGCGAAAUCAAAGACCUUGUCCUUGACAACUGUCGAAGUACAUACAUUGCGGGUUUAACAGAUGAAUUUGUUGCUUUAGAAGCUUUAAGUCUCAUCAAUGUGGGUCUUACCAGUUUAAAGGGCUUUCCAAGAUUGUCGAGCCUCAGAAGACUGGAACUCAGUGACAACAGAAUUUCUGGUGGUUUAAAUCUUCUGCAAUCAAGUCCAAAAUUAACCUAUCUUAAUAUUAGUGGCAACAAGAUCAAAGAUCUUGAUACACUUCAACCUUUAAAAGAGUUUAAGAAUUUGAAGUAUCUUGAUCUCUUCAACAAUGAAGUGACAAACUUGGAUAAUUAUAGAGAGAAAGUCUUUAGUCUUAUUCCUAGUCUUAAAUACCUUGAUGGAUUUGACAUACAUGAAUGUGAAGUUGAUGACAGUGAAGAAGAGAAUGAUGAAGUAAAUGGAAAUGAAGACGGUGAUGGAGAUGCCAACGAAGAGGGCGAUGGUGACGCCAACGAAGAAGACAGUGAAGAAGUUUCAGAUGAAGAGGAUGAUGAAGAUUUUGAGGAAGGUGGUGUAGCUUUAGCGGCUGUAUACAACAGUACUUUGGAUGACGAUAGCGAUGAAGAUGAUUUCUUAUGCGAUGAAGAAGAAGAAGAGGACGACGAUGAUGGUGAAGAUGACGAACCAGAAGAGGAAGAAGAAUCAUCUCCAGCGCGAGGCAAGAAGAGAAAACAUGAAGAUGGGGGAGAUUCAGGGAACUAGAAGCAUAAAAACAGAUUUCUGAUAUUGUUGAAUGAGUGUAAAAUUCAUAUAAAUAACAAUAACUGAGAUGCCGAGUGAACCACCUGGGAAUCAAACUAAUUGACCGACCAAUGACAGACUACAGUUAGUUGUGAGAAUUAAUCAGUAAAUCAUUGACUGACAAAUUGUCUGUAGAACAACAAACCAUUGCAGAGGGAAGGGGUAUGGAUGAAAGCGAAGAAAAAAUGGAUAAUGAUGGCAUAAAAAAAUAGGGCUGCAUUCCAGCUGGACACAGUACGUUUUAGUUAUACUAACAAUAUUUUAUAUAGAGUAUAUAGUUAAAAUAUUAGUGGUGUUGCAUAGUGGACGAGAAAGAUCAGAUAUUGAUGGAUGUGCAGAGGCAGCAGUGGAGUUUUACACUUGAAGGAGCAUAUUUGUCUGUUAGCUCCAGUCGGCCAAAGGCUGGUCACGCUGGAAUGCAGUCAUCGUUAAUCAGUAAUAAGGUUACAUAAGUUACAUUUUAAAUACAUUAUUAUUGUACUAUGAGUAAGUCUAGAGUACACGAGGAACAACUUUUGUACAGGUUUACACCAUACAUUGAGGUGCAUUACGCCUCUGUGAUUUUUGGGACAGAAAAUAAAGAGAUAAAUAUAUGUUGCUCAUACGUUUGAGCUUAUAUACCUAUGAAAGAUGUAUUAAUAUAGGGAAUUUACAUCAUAAGAACGAAGACAUACAAAAUUAUCCGUGUACAUUUCGUUUCUUAGAGUAAUAGCGAUGAAAAUAUAUAAUUGAUAUCGAUUAAAAAGGAUCAUUUUAGCGCAUAAAGAAUAUCGCAGUAUUUUUCAGGUAUAUGUUGUUUUUGAUAUAAGUUAAAAUAGUCUCUGAGGUGUCAAGAUAAAAUGUAAUAUCUUGAAAGAUAAUUGUCAAGUAACGUGAUGACACAAUUGACAUUCUAUUGUAGUAUGAUGAUUUGUAUUCUUUUAAUUAAAUUUUAUGUUCCAGAUGUCUAUGCGAAUUCGUCAUGAGCCCAACGAUACAUGGCUGUUAACGUUAUUGUUAUACACUAUACUCUGAUAUAACAUAAAUUCAUUUAAUUAGUGAUGUUAUUAUAAUAUUUUCGUCUUUUCAAAUUGUACACACUUAGAUUAUAACGAUUCAGUGCUUUUAUAUCACUAAAUCCUACGAUUUUUUACAGUAACAAUAGAGAAUUACUCGUAGAAUCAUUUCGUUUGAACAGUACAAAUCUAAGUGUUUGGAAUGAAAUAUUAAGAAGGAAAAAUCAAAAUUUCAAGUCACUGUAAAUCCAGAAUUACCUUUAAUUUCUGUCUCUGAAGUUACCAUAGCGCUAACACAUCUCGUGAUGAUUAAAGUGCGGAAUUAAUUGGUAAUGAUCAUUAAUAUUAUUAAUUAAUAUUAAAUUACGAUUAUAAUUUUUAAAAAGAAAAUGAAUAUUUACACUUGUACUUUCGCACUUUUUAAUCAUAUUUAAAAAAAAUGAAAAGUCAGAAACGCAAAAUUUAGAUUAUAGCGAAAAGAUAAAAUCUCGAGAAAUAGGCGCAAAAAAAUAAAAAGGUGGAUUAGACGAUGUAGUUAAUGGUGAGACUGUGACAAGUGGAUUACUGGACGGACUACCAAUUAACUACGUGAUCGUGAGAGUGGAUGGGAGUGAAAUAGCGAGUGAGAGUGCAAGAGAGGAUCGGUUUUAUAAGAAAAAAAAAUUAUGGUAGAAUCGAGGAUCUGGCGCCUCUUUGUCGCCAGUUUGGUUAUGGCCUUAUCCAAUUUUUCCAAAACUAAAGCAAAUUUAUAUUAGGUACAAUGAGUAUAUGACGUGUACAGGUCAAAAUCUGUAAAUUUCCAAUCUGCAAUUCGUAAUUGCGGUUCGCGCGGAUUUCAUAUUAAAAGUUAAAUUAUACAUAAUUAAAGAAUUAAAUUAUAAUUAAACAAAUUAUAAAUAAUUAAAAAUUAAAUUAUAAAUAAUUGAACAUUCUGCGCGACCCGCGACCCGCGAUACACACACUUUUGUCAAUUGCAAUUUUGGAUAGACCAUUUACGUAAUCUAUCAUCUUCUAUUAUCAGAUAUAUCACAUCUGUGUAUUGUCUUUCUCUUCCGUUGUUAAAAUGGAUUUUUAUCAUAACGUUUGUUUAUUUCGAGCAAUCCUCAUCACAAAAUAAGAAAAAAUAAUUUAUUAAUAAAACCAUCUACAAAUCAAAAA